CUCUAGAAUAACAACGAUGUUAAGAUUCAUCGUACCUUAGUAUAUAAUGGGAUAUUCUCCAUCCCGAAACACCAAACUCCUGAAUAUAAAUACACCUCACUAGCUUCAACACGCUCAUCGCAAUUUCGCAGGAGUUGCUUCUUUGCAUACAAAUUCGUCUGAAUCUUGCAACUUUCUACGGUUUAUAAACAGCCUCCACCACCACCGUUGCCUUUGCCAUCAUCCCGUUGAUGGCUAUGACCACAAAUGGCCUCUCCUCCAAAUUGAUUCCAUCUUUCCUUCGCUGUCUUAACUCAUCUUCUCCCUCUUUCACCACCCCCCAUUUCCGUUUUGCUCAGAGAACAACGAUUAACACGACAACCACCACUAUCUUCGCACCUCCAGCACAGCCGGAACAAAGCACCAUCAACUACUCCAAUGACGACCGUGUUUAUAAUUUUGAAGACACCAAACGCCUUUUCUCAUCCGUUAAGACCGGUAAACUUAUACGUUCAGCGGCGAACCUUAGCAUGGCUUCGGUGGAGCCGGUAGUGGAUUUGGGGAUGUGGGUGAUGAGUUCUAGGUUAAUGCAGAUGGGUUUGUUAAGAGAGGUUGUGUUAGGUGGAAUCAAGCAUACGGUUUAUGAGCACUUUGUUGCCGGUUCCGACACCGGUGAGGCUGGUCGAACAGUGAAGAAAUUAUGGGAGUCGGGGUUAAGAGGGAUGCUGGAUUAUGGUCUGGAGCAUGCAGUUGAUAAUGAAUCGUGUGAUACAAACGCUCAACAGUUCAUCAAAACUGUUGAAUCAACCCAAUCUCUUCCUUCAUCUUCUGUUAGUUUUGUAGUCGUGAAGAUCACAGCUAUCUGUCCAAUCUCUUUGCUAAAGAGAGUGAGUGAUCUACUUAGAUGGGAAUACAAACACAAGAAUUCAUCUUCGUUUGUGCUCCCAUGGAAGCUAAAAACCCUUCCCAUAUUUGUCGAAUGCAGUCCUUUCUACCACACACUAACAAAACCCUCCCCUUUGACCAUGGCAGAAGAGCUUGAUCUUGAACUAGCUCAACAAAGACUAACUACCAUAUGUAAUAAAGCCAUUGAAAGCAACGUGCCUGUAGUCAUUGAUGCAGAGGAUACUUCUAUCCAACCAGGGAUCGAUUACUUCACAUAUUCAGCAGCAAUCAUGUACAACAAAGGUCAAAAGCCCUUGAUUUCCGGGACCAUUCAAGCGUAUUUAAAGGACGCCGGGCAGAGGUUGUUCCAGACAAAAAAAGCCGCCGAUAAAUUGGAACUGCCGAUAGGGUUUAAGCUAGUAAGAGGAGCUUAUAUGUCUAGCGAAAGGAAAUUGGCUAAUUCUCUUGGUGUUGAGUCUCCUAUUCACAAUAGCAUCAACGAGACACACCGUUGUUUCAAUGCUUGUGCUUCGUUCAUGGUAGACGAGGUUUCUAAUGGCCCUGGUGGGCUCAUUCUUGCCACUCAUAAUCUUGAAUCAGGUAAAAGUUUGAAACUUUACGUCUUUCAUCAUCUGGGUUGCUUUCCAUUUUUCCAUAUUUGUUUAAAUUCUUUUAAAAAGAAGGAGUAUACUACUCCGGGUAAUACUACUGAAUUACUGAUUAUGAAAACCGAACGAGGGAAACUGGCCGCGCGAAAGGCAGGUGAUUUGGGGAUUGGUAGAGAAAGCGAUAAGCUGGAGUUUGCUUCACUUUACGGGAUGGCGGAUGCAAUGAGUUUUGGAUUGAGAAAUUCAGGGUUUAAGGUGAGCAAGUACUUGCCAUUUGGGCCUGUUGAUAAGAUCAUGCCUUACCUUUUGCGACGAGCGGAAGAGAACAAAGGGCUACUUUCAUCUUCAUACCUCGAUAGACACCUCAUGAUGAAAGAGUUGAAGAGGAGAGUGAAAGCUUGUGUUGGCCAAGUCCCAAUGGUUGGCAGAAAAAGAGAGAGGCCCGUGGUUUAAGUUGAAAUGCAGAAAACAUGAGCUUGAGCCUUUUGCUUCUAGACCUUGUUAACAUGCUUUUUCAAGGAUGUAUAUAAAUCAAUAGAAGCAUGGUGUUUAUCGUAAUUCAUUAAAAUUUAUGAUUUUAUAGAGUUGAAUGGAAUAUUAAAUGAUUAAUUUUGAUUAAAAAUAACUCUAUUAAUUUUUCAACAAUAC